CGUGGGCGCGCGGCCCCGCCCCAUCGCCCUGUCCGCGGCGAGGUGGGGCCUGGUGUUUGCCCCGGAAGUGGAUGUCUUCCUCUGACAGCUGCUGAUAAGUUGGCGGCGGCGAGGGCAGCGGCAGGCCGGGAGCAAGAUGGCGCUGCGGCCAGGAGCUGGGUCUGGCGGCGGCGGGGCCGCGGGAGCCGGCGCGGGGGCCGCCGGGGGAGGCAGCUUCAUGUUUCCUGUUGCAGGUGGGAUAAGACCCCCUCAAGCAGGCCUGAUGCCGAUGCAGCAACAAGGAUUUCCUAUGGUCUCUGUCAUGCAGCCUAAUAUGCAAGGCAUUAUGGGAAUGAAUUACAGCUCUCAGAUGUCCCAAGGACCUAUUGCUAUGCAGGCAGGAAUACCAAUGGGACCAAUGCCAGCAGCGGGAAUGCCUUACCUAGGACAAGCACCCUUCCUGGGCAUGCGUCCUCCAGGCCCACAGUACACUCCAGACAUGCAGAAGCAGUUUGCCGAAGAGCAGCAGAAACGAUUUGAACAGCAGCAAAAACUCUUAGAAGAAGAAAGAAAAAGACGCCAGUUUGAAGAGCAGAAGCAAAAGCUCAGACUUUUGAGCAGUGUGAAACCCAAGACAGGAGAGAAGAGUAGAGAUGAUGCUUUGGAAGCCAUAAAAGGAAAUUUAGAUGGGUUUUCCAGAGAUGCAAAAAUGCACCCUACUCCAGCAUCGCACCCCAAGAAACCAGAUUGCCCCACAUCAUCUCAUUCUACUAAAACUGUCUCCCCAUCACCUGCCUUUCUUGAUGAAGAAGAAUUCAGUGACUUUAUGCAGGGACCUGUUGAAGUUCCCCCAUGUGGGCCUUCUUCCACAUCCCAGCCCUUUCAGUCUUUCCACCCCUCCACCCCACUUGUCCAGUUGCAUACACAGAAGGCUGGGACACAGCCUCUCCCUCCAGGUCAGAGUCCAGUGCCUUUUGCCUUACAUGGUGUCCCUGGGCAAAUUCCUUACUUCUCUACUGCUUCAGCCUCACACAGUGUACCAAAAGCAGGCCCUUCCUUGGAGGAGAAGUUCCUAGUAUCUUGUGAUAUAAGUACAUCUGGGCAGGAACAAAUUAAAUUAAAUACUUCUGAAGUUGGCCACAAAGCCCUAGGCCCAGGUUCCAGUAAGAGCCAUCCCAGUGUAACGGCCAGUAACGGGGGUGCUGUAGAUGGAUGUGUAAGUGGUACCACCACUGCAGAGGCAGAAAAGACUUCAGAUCAAAACCUGUCAAUUGAAGAGAGUGGUGUGGGAGUAUUUCCCUCACAGGAUCCUGCUCAGCCCAGAAUGCCUCCUUGGAUUUACAAUGAGAGUUUGGUUCCAGAUGCCUAUAAGAAAAUCUUAGAAACCACAAUGACUCCAACCGGAAUAGAUACUGCCAAACUGUAUCCCAUUCUGAUGUCAUCUGGGCUUCCCAGGGAAACUCUUGGACAGAUAUGGGCCUUAGCUAAUCGAACUACACCUGGCAAACUUACAAAAGAAGAACUUUAUACUGUUCUAGCCAUGAUAGCGGUAACACAGAGGGGCGUUCCUGCAAUGAGUCCUGAUGCUUUAAACCAGUUCCCAGCAGCUCCUAUUCCAACUUUAAGUGGUUUUUCUAUGACUCUGCCUGCGCCGGUGAGUCAGCCAACCGUGAUACCUUCAGGCCCUGCGGGCUCCAUGCCCCUCAGCCUUGGACAGCCAGUCAUGGGUAUUAACCUUGUUGGACCAGUGGGUGGAGCUGCAGCCCAGGCUUCUAGUGGUUUUAUACCAACCUUCCCUGCAAAUCAGGUAGUAAAGCCAGAAGAAGACGACUUCCAGGAUUUUCAAGAUGCUUCUAAGUCAGGAUCCCUUGAUGACUCAUUCAGUGAUUUCCAAGAGUUGCCUGCUUCUUCAAAAGCAAGUAACUCCCAGCAUGGAAACAGUGCCCCUUCUUUGUUGAUGCCACUUCCCGGAAACUAAAGAAAUUGCCUUCAAAUGGACAAAUAUUGCUGGUGUUAACAGGAAUUGCAGCUGACAAGUCCUCUGAUAAAUUACUGUUCCACCGGAG